AUGUGGCCGAUGUGGGCCGAUCUGGGGCUGAGGACGAAGGCUGAGCUGGAGCCUCAGCACACUUGCAAUAGUGACGAGAUAUUCCAUAAUGAUCUCACAAUUCGUUGUGGCUCUGCUCCGGAUACUGAGGUUCAAAAAAAGAUUCGAGCACUGACUUUGUUAGUGCAAGCCUGCUUGGACGGUUUCUAG